GCGUUGCUCAUUCAGCUGUGACUCGCCGGGCAGACGACACUCCAUCUGCCGAACUGUUUGACGAAGUGGAGGGCGGCAAUAUCUAUCGGUGACCCGGGAGCGGUCGGAUAUACUACUGAUCCACGAAGUAUGAAUUAAAACGAGACAUGCGCACGGAGCUUGGAGCUUCUUACAUGUGUGAAUUGUGAAACAUUGUACACAGCUGGGUCAACUGCUUCACCGCCGCUCGUUGUUCACAGAGAGGGUUGACAAACACCGGAGCUCUGUCACACCAGGAGAAAGCGUGGCCAUCGCCGGUCCUAGUUUUGUCUGCGGGCGUGCCUACACCAGUAAACCACCGCAAUGAAAGCACAGAGGGUACAACAGCAGCAUGACAAAGAAGACGUCCUGACUGAAAGUACGGAACAGUCAGGACAUGUUUUCACAGUGGCAAUCAUCAGAGGAGUUAUCGCCCUUACCGCUGCAGCGUGCGUGUACUACUACGACCCAAUCCAGAGAUGGACCAACUCUGCGUGGUACUGGCUGUUACAAAGUAGUCUUUUCAAUUCGGUUUACUUCGAGAGCUGGUUAGCCACGUUUUGUUAUGCAGUUCUUAUACCUAUAUACCCCUACGCUCUCCAUUACAUGAAGUCUCUGAACAAAUACAAAGUCCGCCCUUCAGUGACGUACGAACAUCAGUCUAUAGCAGGGAUGCUACUUGACGCUGUUAUCUACACGGCUCCUCUCAUGCUCUUGGAUACUUUCAUUGUCAAGAAAUACCACGGCGUUGACCCCGAGAUUUGGGUCGAGAAGCGGAAGUCGUGGAUCCAGACGACAAGAGCACUUCCGCUUGAUCCGCCAUCUUUCUCAGGGCUUGUGUUUGAUCUUAUCGCAAGUGUGUUGUUGUAUGAUGCGAUGUUUUUCUUCCUGCAUUUCGCUCUCCACAAGAACUUCUGGUUAUAUAAAACCUUCCACGCCCUACAUCACGACCACGAUGUGAUGCACGCUCACGUCACUAACCAACUGACGGUAGGGGAGAGACUCGCGCUCAUACUGUCGGCCAACUUUGCACUCAAGGUUUUCAACAGCCAUCCUGUCACCAGGGCGUUGUUCGUUCCUGUGUUUAUAUAUUUACUUAUUGAUAACCAUACUGGGUAUGAUCUCCCGUGGGGCCUCCACAAAAUAGUGCCGUUUGGAAUCAUGGGAGGCCCCAGAAAACAUUACGCCCACCAUUUGGAAGGCAAGAGACAUUACCAGCCUUUCUUAACGUAUCUAGACAAUUUAUUGGAAAUGAAGCAGAAAAACAAACUUUUGUAACGAUAUGAGUUUGAACGUGUUAUAAUAUCGUUACACUGCUACCGUGUGUCAUAUGUAAUGUCUCUUCAGGAUCCGCCUAUCGUGGGUUUGAAUCCCAAUGAUUGGCCUUGGUUUGCCACUAUACCCGUGCGUGUAUGGUAUCAUCACCAUGUUAAACGUCUACGACCUGCGACGUUUUGGGCUUUCAUCUCACAAUCAGCUGACAACGUGAUACGACUGUGAUAUUGCUCAAAGCGGCGUCAAAGCCAACUCACUCACACUUCACACUCACAACGUUUAACAGAUUUAUCAUAUGUGUGUGUGUCAAGAAAGAAGUCAUCGAUUCUUGCUGACAAAAUUAUAUAUUUUCGUUUUAUAGAAAUCAUUGUAUAUAGUAUCUUGAAUGAACAGUGACAUAUGCCUCAGGAAUAGAUGGUUUUUUUAAAACAUUUAGUCCCGAGAGUCUGAAGAAUGAUAUUAUAACUAAACAGUGCAUUAAUACCGACACGCCACCUAAUUAGCCAGGAUGGUAGUAAUGCAAGAGUGAGUACGUUUUCUACCAAUCCAGAAUAAAAGAAUACUCUUUACUCAGCUCUGCUGCCUCUGAACUGCUUUUCCUACUUGAUUAAUUAUAUUUUUGACGAGGAUUGACGAUCCAGAGAAAUAUUUAUUUGUGGUUUAACCACCUUUCAUGUAUAGUGUAUAGGAAGAUUUCGUGCCAUAGUUUAGGGACGGUUGAGAGGUCCAGUGGGUAAAGCACUCGCUCGUCACGUCUGUUUCUAUUCCUCACACGUUCAAAAUAUGAAGCCCAUUUCUGGUGGCCCCCGCUGUGAUGGUACUGGAAUAUUGAUGAAAUCUACGUAAAUACUCACUGACACAUAAUUACAACUGAAAUAAGGCAGUUUUAAGCGAUGAUCACUACACAAUAUUCCGCAUCUACCAAGACUGCCUGUAAAUAAUCCGAGACCAGCAGAAGGUAAUUUGAACCACAUUCUACACUGAUGGGGCACCAUGAAACACAAUCUGACAAGUGAUCGAGCCUGACCACCGAACCAGAUUACUCGGCUCUUACGACAAGCAAUAGGGUGCUGCGACCUAUUUAACAUAGCCAGACAGAAAAUAGAACAGGAAUGGUUUUUUUGUAAGCUUGUGUAUACAGUUAUUUAUAUAUUUUCAAAUUUUUCAUUUAUAGCUUUUCUCCAGAGAGUAUAUAUUACCUUCGCGUAUAUGCUUUUGAACAGUCAACUCUCAUCGACUAUAUACCUAUCGAUACGUAUACUUGCAGAGACGAUCAUUUAGCCUUAUGUAAAAUUAUAUGUUUGACUGCAUCAGUUACACAAUGAUAUCUAUGUUUGGACGUUACUUCAUGUCAUAAACGUUUGGUAUGUAUUCGACACGUCAUGUCAUUAAAUGUCCAACUGGGAUGUUGGCCUAUAUUCACCGAAAUAAAGAUGAUUGUCUUGCCA